ACCAGUGGUGGGGACGUGGAAUUUCAGCAGUCUACAGCUGGGACUGGUAGCUUGUUAGCUAAUAAUAAACCUUUUACAACUUAGAAGGGGAGUCCCUACUAACGAUCCAAUAAGUUUCAUAAGAGCUUGUGCAUAUUUUGUGGUCUCCGUAGGCAAAGCAACGAACUGAGAAGGAUGAAGCUGAAGGAGAUAAACCGCACGGCAGUGCAGGCCUGGAGCCCAGCGCAGCAGCACCCGGUCUAUCUGGCUGCCGGCACCUCAGCCCAGCAACUGGAUGCCACCUUUAGCACCACCGCCUCACUAGAGAUCUUCGAGCUGGACCUGGCCGAGCCCAUCUUGGACAUGAAGUCCCGCGGCACCUUCUCCUCCUCACACAGGUACCACACACUGGUGUGGGGUCCCCACGGGAUGAACUCACAGGGACACCCGUCCGGUGUCCUGAUCGCCGGGGGGGAGAACGGCAACGUCAUCCUCUACGACCCCGCCAAGAUCAUCGCGGGAGACAGCGAUGUGGUCAUUGCCCAGAGCGACAAGCACACGGGGCCUGUCCGAGCCCUCGACGUCAACCCAUUCCAGACAAACCUGGUCUCUUCGGGAGGCAACGAGUCAGAAAUCUACAUCUGGGACCUGAACAACUUUGGCUCUCCAAUGAUGCCGGGACCAAAAUCACAGCCUCUGGAGGACAUCAGCUGUGUGGCGUGGAACAGGCAGGUGCAGCACAUCCUGGCCUCCGCCAGUCCCAGCGGCCGCGCCUCUGUUUGGGACCUCAGGAAGAAUGACCUCAUCAUCAAAGUCAGCGACCACAGUAAUAGGAUGCACUGCUCCGGGCUGGCCUGGAACCCAGAGGUGGCCACGCAGCUGGUGUUGGCAUCAGAAGACGACCGCAUGCCCGUCAUCCAGAUGUGGGACCUCCGCUUUGCCACCUCCCCCCUCAAAGUCCUGGAGAACCACACCAGGGGCAUCUUGGCCAUUGCCUGGAGUUUGGCAGACCCUGAGCUGCUACUGAGCUGUGGGAAGGACAACAGGAUACUGUGCUGGAACCCCAACACUGCUGAGGUGUUGUACGAGCUGCCCACCAGCACACAGUGGUGCUUCGACAUCCAGUGGUGCCCCAGGAACCCGGCGCUUCUCUCCGUCGCUGCCUUCGAUGGGCACAUCAGCGUCUACUCCAUCAUGGGCGGCAGCAAUGACUGCCAAAGGCAGCACACAACAGACCAGAUUAGCAACUCGUUUGGCAACAUGGACCCCUUCGGCACGGGACAGCCCCUGCCCCCCCUGCAGCUUCCCCAGUCCACUGCCCUCCCGAACACCAUCAUGCCUCUGAAGAAACCCCCUAAGUGGAUCCGCAGGCCCGUUGGGGCCUCUUUUGCAUUCGGGGGCAAAUUGGUUACCCUGGAGAAUGUCAAGGCAACUCCUCAGCAGCCGCAACAAGCCACGCUUCACAUGGUUCACGUCAGCCAGGUCGUCACGGAAACCGCCUUCCUGGACCGUUCGAAUCAGCUGCAAGCCACCAUGACAACUGGCAGUUUCCUGGACUUCUGCCAGUCCAAGAUCGAGGCCGCACAGAAUGAGUUUGAACGGACCGUGUGGUCUUUCUUGAAGGUCAACUUUGAGGAUGAUGCUCGAGGGAAAUACCUGGAACUUCUGGGAUACAAGAAAGAGGAGCUUGCAUCAAAGAUUUCAGCAGCACUCCAGAAAGAAGACAUUAAGCCAGAGGAGCCUAUUUCUGCUCCUGAUGCUGAGCCUGAACCUGAACCUCUGCCCAGCCUCGAACCUCCACCCGCACCUGCGCCCAUCUCUGAUCCUGAGCCCGUGCUUGAACUUCAGCCUGGACCUGAACUUGACUCUAAGCCUCCAGUGGAGCUUUCUCCAGAACCCGCUCUUGUCCUGCCGGCUGAACCUGAGCUUGACGUUAGACCUGAGCCUGUGCUCGACCCUCUACCGGACACUCAGCUUGAGGUUGUACCGGAUGCACAGCUUGACGUUACUCCCGAACCUGUGCUCAUUGUACCUGAACCGCAGCUUGUCAUACCUGAACCGCCUCUUGACCCUAUACCUGGACUGCAGCUUGACCCUGAAGUGCAGCAUAUCAUACCUGAACCACAGCUUGUUGUACCUGAACUGCAGCUUGGUGUACCUGAACCGCAGCUUGGUGUACCUGAACUGCAGUUUAUCAUACCUGAACCGCAGCUUGGUGCACCUGAACCGCAAUUUAUCAUACCUGAACCGCAAUUUAUCAUACCUGAACCGCAGCUUGGUGUACCUGAUCCACAAUUUGUUGUACCCGAACUGCAGCUUGACCCUAUAACUGGGCCACAGCUUGACUCUGCUCCUGAACCGCAGCUUGGUGCACCACAGUUUAUCAUACCUGAACCACAGUUUAUCGUACCUGAACCGCAGCUUGACCCUAUACCUGGGCCACAGCUUGACCCCGUGCCUGAACCGCAUCCUAUCGCACCUGAACCGCAGCUUGCCAUGCCUGAAUUGCAGCUCAUUGCACCUGAAGCUCAGCUUAUCGCACCUGAACCACAGCUUUUCGUACCUGAACCGCAGCUUAUUGCACCUGAGCCACAGCUUAUCGUACCUGAACCGCAGCUUGAUCUUAUACCUGAACAGCAGCUUCACCUCAUUCCUGAGCAGCAGCUUCACCUUAUUACUGAACCUCAGCUUCAGCUUCCACCUGAACAGCUUAUUGUACCUGAACCACAGCUUGACUUGUUACCUGAACCACAACAAGACGUUGUACCUGAACCUCAGUUUGACAUUGUGCCCGAAGCUCAGCACAUCAUACCCGAACCACUUCCACCUGAGCCUCAGCUUGUCCUACCCGAACCUCAGCUUUACCCUGCACCUGCACCCCAGUUUGACCUUGUACCAGAACCCCAGUUUGGUCUUAUACCUGACCCCCACUUUGACCAUAUUCCUGAACCGCAGUUUGACCUUAUACCCGAACCCCAGCUUGAUCUUAAUGCUCCGGUCGACCUUCCACCUGAACCUCAGCUUGAGACGAAACCUGAGCCUGAAGCUGAGAUUGACCUGAAGCCUGAGGAGAUCACCAGUGCAGGAGAUGAUCCUCAAGAGGAAGAGGUCGUCCUAGAUGAGAUGGAGGAAAAGUUGUCAGAAGAAGAAGAAGAUGCCUGUCUAGAGGAGACACCUGUUCCGGCCAAGGAUGCCAUUAACCUCAGAGUCAAUGAAGGUGUGGACGGACUGAUAACCGAGGCCCUGCUAACCGGGGAUUUUGAGAGCGCUGUCAACCUUUGUCUCCAUGACAACCGCAUGGCAGACAGCAUCAUUCUGGCCAUCGCGGGGGGGCCGGGGCUGCUAGAGAAGACACAGAAGAAGUACUUCGAAAAGACGCGGAGCAAAAUUACCAAGCUGAUCAGUGCCGUGGUGACCAAGGACUGGCGCGAUAUUUUGGAGACAUGUGACCUGCAGAACUGGAAGGAAGCCCUGGCGGCAGUGAUGACCUAUGCCAAUCCAGAGGAGUUCUUCGCUCUCUGUGACCUGCUUGGGUCCCGGCUGGAGGCCGAUGGCGACCUUGAGCAGCAGAUCCAGGCCAGUCUGUGCUACAUCUGUGCCGGCAAUGUGGAGAAGCUGGUGGAGUGCUGGGCCAGAGCGCAGGACAGCCACACUCCCCUCUCCUUGCAGGACCUGGUGGAGAAGGUGGUGGUCCUGAGGAAGGCGGUGGAGCAGACCAAGGGUGAGGGCGUUGUCGUGGUGGGCACCCUGCUGGCCGAGAAGAUGGGCCAGUACGCCAGCCUGCUGGCAUCGCAGGGCAGCCUGCUCACCGCCAUUGCCUACCUGCCGGAGAACAGCAACCAGGCAGCCGUGCAGCUCCUGCGGGACCGUCUGCGCAGAGCCCUGGGAGAGCAGCCAGCCGCUCCAGCCGCUCCAGCUGCCCCCGCCGCCCCCGCCCCAACCGCACAGCCAGCCGCCCCGGCGGUCGCUCCUGCUGGACAGGCCUAUGUCCCGGGCCAGCCCUUUCACGCCCCCCAGCCCACCCCGGCGCCCGCACCUGCACCUGCACCCGCACCUCAGUACUACCACCAGGUUAGGUCUGCCUCUACUGUCACUUCCUGGAGUAACCAAACCCCCACAGCUCUACCCAGUAUCCCCGCUCCGGUAGGCCCCGCCUCAGACCCGCAGGCUGAGCCUGCGUCUCCAGGGUACGUGAUGCAGCAGCCGGCGGCCGGCCCCGCCUCCGCAGUCUCCAGUGCCUCGGGAUACCUGUACUCCCAGCAGUACCAACAGACCUACCCCCAGGUCCAACAUUACAACCCUGGAGUUGGGGGACCAGCUAUCUAUCAGCCUCUCCAGUACUCAGCUGCUGCUCCGCCUCUUCUUCCUCCCUCCUCCUCCUCCCCUGUGGCUGCCUAUCCUCCGUACAUGCACCCGGCUGCCUCUCAUCCUCUCCCGCCUGUAUUUCCGGGGCCUCCGCAGGGGGCGUCUGGAGGCCCCUCUCUUCCUCCUCCUCCAACUUCCUCCUUCUCUCCUCCUCCUCUGUCCUCCGGAGCCUCUUUCCAGCACAGUGGGCCAGGAGCGCCUGGCCCUUACCCACCUCCUCCACCCACUGGACCUACAGGUACACAGCCUGACCCAAACCCGGUGCCCGCCUCACAGAGAACAGGGGGGAAGAAUGGCCAAGACAUAACCUGUUUUUUGGAAGGACCUCAGAACGGCUGGAAUGAUCCUCCCACCCUGAGCCGAGUGCCAAAGAAGAAGAAGGUCCCUGAGAACUACACUCCCCCUGCCCCGAUAACAGCGCCUAUCAUGACCCCCCUGGGGGACCCCCAGGCCCAGGCGCCCCCCCAGCUGCAGCCCCAGCAGGCUCCACCUGCAGGGCAGCCUGGCACACAGGCCCCCUACCCUGGCCUCCAGCAGCAAGUGGCCCCACCCCCAAGGCUCCCCUCCAUGCCCAAGGUGAACGUUGAAGGGGCGCCUGGAGCGCCUAUUGGGGAUGUCAUACAGCCGCUGCAGUCCAUACCUACGGAGAAGAUCACCAAGAAGCCCAUCCCGGAGGAGCACCUCAUCCUGAAGACGACGUUCGAGGGGCUGAUUCAGAAGUGUCUCGCCGUGGCCUCUGACCCACAAACAAGGAGGAAGCUGGACGAUGCAAACAAACGGCUUGAGCUCCUGUAUGAUAAACUACGAGAGCAAACCCUCUCUCCAGCGAUCGUGGGUGGCCUGCACAACAUAGCGCAGAGCAUCGAGUCGCGCUCCUACACGGACAGCCUGAACAUCCACACCCACAUCGUUAGCAACAGCAACUUCAGCGAGACGUCGGCGUUCAUGCCUGUGCUGAAGGUGGUGCUAACGCAGGCCAACAAGCUCGGGGUUUGACCAGGAGGAGCUUCUCCCAGUGCACACACACACAAAUGCUACCAGUAUCACUACGAAUGCAACACACACCUGGACAUAGGACCAAAUAGUAUUGGUAUUGCCAUCGUGUCAUGUUGAAAUAUGUUAGGGUAACCCUUUUUUUUAUUGGUUUU